AUGGCUUCGACCGGUGGAAACCCUGUAUAUAUAGGUAACAUGACGAACGAGGAGCGGGAAAUGAUGCGAACCUAUGCAGCAAACCCUGGAGGACCAGACCGACCGAGACGAGACCUUCAUACAGCGGCCCCUCCUCCCGUGCCCAGGCACUUCACAGAUGGGUCUUUGCUAGAUACUAACCCGGGCGCUAUUCGAAAUACUAAGCAGAGGCUAGAAGAGGGGUUGAAACAAGAUGAGCAAGCGCGAAUACUUGAUAGAUUUUCUAUUCCAGAGCUUCAGGCGGCGGGCUGUUGGGGACUUGAAGAUGCCAAACCAAGCAAUCUAACCAUCCCAAUACACCCGAUAUACGCAAGAGAAAAGUGGAUUCAAAGAAUUGAAGAUAUUGAUAAGGACCCCUCGGACUCGGACGGAAAGUACGAAAACAAACCCUCUUUACCUAUUGGUGCCAUCGGAGGUACGGACUACGAAGGGAAUUGGGAUGCUCAAAAAAAUCAAAUUGUUUGGGAUGCAUUAGAACCAGCCUUACGCUUAGCCUCCGCAAUGCUUGUCAAUUCACGCCUUUGGCCCAGGUGAUUCUCCGAGUCUCACUUUUUCAUUUUAUAAACUUCUAAUCGCAAAUAGGUUAAAUGAAUUGUUGUAUGGCCAGUGGACUCAUGUCGAUGGAAAUCUGUUGCUAGGGAUGGAGUCAAAGGAUACAGACAUCCAAACAAUUACAAAAUACGAUGCUUAUCAGUUUGUGCCUCGGAUGGAAUUGUCCGUGGAAGAGCAGAAGGAAGGGAAUUUACAACGUAUGAAUUAUCUCGCAGACAAGAUAGAAUGUUCUUUUUCCAGCGGUGCGGUGCGGGGUGUACAGGCAUAUGGGGGUAUACGAGAGCGGAACGGAAUCCCUACAAGACAUUCGUCGUAUGUGUGUAUAUAUCUUUUUCUUGAAAUGAUAAUCCUAAUAAUUGUAGCAUAUAGCGCCAUAUCUGGCUUAUAGAUUGCUGGAUAAAACGCUUACUGUUUCAGAAAGACUCGUCCAAGAGGCUGCUUUUGCUAAGGCUGUAAGUUAAGAAUUAUGAUCGUGUUAAUUAGGCAUUUUGAAAGCUAAUAUUGAAAUUGAAGUUGGUGCAUGAGACUAUGGUAAAAUGCUCCUUUACUUUCUUCUUUCUUCAUUUCCAUUACGAGAGGGCGACCCACAGUAUUAAUACCUUCAUAGCAUGCUCUUUGCUCGAUGACUAUCGACCUGCGAAUAGAUUCAGAUAUCCCGCCUCUCGUUCCUAACGAAGAAAUAGAAAAGUUUAAGAAUUGGGAUUGGAAGUCUGUUAUGCAUCCAGACGGAAAGUAUCCGUUAAUAACAGAACCUGUAAGAAAUUCAGAAUGUCGAUAGCUCAUCUUGUACUAAGGAUUGUCGAAAAGUUCUGUUCAGACGAAGAAGUUGCCGAAGUAGGAAAGUCAUGGGAGAAUAUGGUUAGAUCGGUUUUCUCUUACUUUCUCGUUACGCUUUAACCAAGUCCCGUGAAGAGGUGUUGAACGUUGCUUACUAAAUACGUGCAGGUCUUUGGAGGUUCAGUCGGUGCUAUAACCUCAAUGCAACCUCAAGCUUGGGGUAUUGGGUUCUACCCAGUAGCGGUCAGGGUAUUAGAAGAUUGGCCCAGUUGGAUGGAGUACAAAACGAGAUAUCAAGGUAGCUGGAUUGUGAAAAAGCGAAAAACCGAACGCUUUGAAGGUUCGACUUUUGGUAGAUGGCCCAUUCCAACGAGAUGCUCCGAAUGGCUUGGACAGCAAGAAUUUUGCGACUUUCGUGUGCCAAGUAUGGGUCGACAAGCACUUCAUGCUCCACGGAUAAUUGGUCAAGAAUGGUACGAAGGGAAAGGUCGUUCUUCUACUCUCAUGGGGCCAGGCCAGAUGCCAAGUUUUGGGUUCCAGGUCUGGAUAUUAGCAGAGCUACACCACUUCCUCCCGCCCCGUUGGAUGGAGAUAAACUGGAAGCUUGGAGGUAUGAGGAGCAACGCUUGAGAAGAAAACACACGAUAGACUCGAUACUCUACAAUGAUGCUUCUAGGAAAGCCAAGAUGACCUAUCUUCUCAAGUGCGCCCGUCUGGCGAAAGCCAUCGACACAGCGAUAAUUGCGUAUCAAGCGUCUGAAUUUAAGACUGUUCACCGAAUACUCCUCGGCAUACAAGUAUCGGAUGUCCCGAAAUUUGAUCUACUUCGGGAUGCUUUUUACUUCUCUCUAUACAGCCGCGCCUCGAAAGGGUCUUAUAAGGAACAAUCUCUAGUGCACGGCGCGGCAGCGAAAGAAGUGUUCCUUGCCUGGGAGAAAGCGGAACUUUCCUGGAUCACACAGAAGGAAAGGUUUGGUUAUUGGACAAAAUUCGUGGGAUUUGACAAGAUACGCACAUCAAUUGCAGAUAUUCUAGUUGUGUCUGGGCACUUAGAUUCCAGAAAACUGAAAGCUUUAGAUUGGGAUCUAUCGCAAAAGCGAGUGAUGAGAUGGAGGGCGUAUAUUGAUGGGGCUAUCAUGGCGAUGGGUGGAAGUUUAAAACAGAGAACUAAGACCUUGGCACGAAGACUAAUUGGGAAGGAACCUCCGUCAUGGGAUCUGGAUUAG